CCUCCAUUGGUUCGCAAUAUCCAUUUCCAUUUCCAUUCCACUCCCGAUGGCGGCGGCGCUCUGCUCCGCAUCCCCGGCCAUCUCCGCCGCGGCGGCGGCGGCUCUCGGUGCGGCCGCGCGCCGCCUGCGCGUGCGCGUGCGCGCAGCCUCGCGGCCCUACUGCGCCGCUCCGGCUCCGCCACGGGCUGCGGCUGCGGUGGGGGCACAGUCCUGGAGGGCGCGGCGGCGGUUUGCCGCGUCGGCGGCUUCCACGACCACGGAGGAGGAGGAGGAGGGAGCAGGUGCUGAGGUGAUGAUCCCGCCCGACAACCGCAUCCCCGCCACCAUCAUCACCGGCUUCCUCGGCUCCGGGAAGACAACCUUAUUAAAUCACAUCUUGACUGCUCACCAUGGAAAGCGUAUUGCCGUCAUUGAGAAUGAGUAUGGAGAAGUUGAUAUUGAUGGUUCAUUAGUUGCUGCACAAACUGCUGGAGCUGAGGACAUAAUGAUGCUAAAUAAUGGGUGCCUUUGCUGCACUGUUCGUGGUGAUUUAGUCCGUAUGAUUGGCGAAUUGGUUGACAAGAAGAAGGGGAAGUUUGACCACAUUAUAAUUGAAACCACUGGUUUAGCAAAUCCAGCACCCAUUAUACAGACUUUCUAUGCAGAAGAUACAGUUUUUAAUGAUGUCAAGCUGGAUGGUGUUGUGACUUUAGUAGAUGCAAAGCAUGCACGGCUACAUCUGGAUGAAGUAAAGCCCAAGGGUAUAGUCAAUGAAGCAGUUCAACAAAUUGCAUAUGCUGACAGAAUCAUAGUUAACAAGAUUGAUCUUGUUAGUGAGCCUGAAGUAUCUUCCUUGGUUGAGCGUAUUAGGAGCAUGAAUCGCAUGGCUCAUUUGAAACGAGCCGAGUAUGGGAAAGUUGAUUUGGAUUACGUGCUUGGAAUUGGAGGCUUUGAUUUGGAGAGGAUCGAGAGUGCGGUAACUGAAGUCUCACAUGACCACCACACAGGGCAUGAACAUAAACAUGACCAUGAACACCAUCAUCACGACCAUCAUCACCAUGACCAUGAACACAAACAUGACCAUCAUGCACACGAUCACACCCAUGAUCCUGGUGUUUCUUCUGUAAGCAUUGUUUGUGAAGGGGAGAUGGAUCUUGAAAAGGCUGACAUGUGGUUGGGAAACCUACUGCUAGAACGCAGCGAUGACAUAUACCGGAUGAAGGGGCUACUUUCUGUCAGUGGAAUGCCUCAGCGCUUUGUCUUUCAGGGAGUGCACGACAUUUUCCAGGGAUCUCCCGAGAGAAUGUGGGAACCAAAUGAGCCACGCAUCAACAAGAUUGUAUUCAUAGGCAAGAAUCUCAAUGGGGAAGAACUGGAGAAGGGCUUCAAGGAUUGCCUACUGAAGAAAUAAGCGAGAAACGAGUUUGUACGUUUUUCCUACACACGGGAUGGGAAUCUCCAGCUUCAUGAUUUUGAGCUUUGCGGCUGUAGAACUUAUCCUUGAAUCUGAAGUGCGAUUGAAUGAACUAACUUGCAUCAUUUGCGAGAUGUACAGAAUGGGUAACCGUAAUAUCCUUGUAGCCUUGCCAUCAUUUACAGUUACGAAUUGUACCCUGAAAUUGCGCACGCUGUAAUUUGAACAUACAGAGAUGGUGUUUCUUAAUUCCUAGUAAAAUCGUAAUUGCAUCGUGGCACUAUGGAUGGAA